AUGUUUGGAUCCGCCAAACCAUCUUCUUCCACCACCACCGCUGCUGGUCCUCCCGCCUGGCUGUUCAGCAACAACUCCACGAUCCCCGAUCCCGCAGGCGCGCAACCCGAGUCUUCCUCAUCCACAAUGGCCAAGAAAACCAAGACCGUCUCCAAGAAGGAGUCGCCUCCUGCGCCCCCGGCUCAGUUGAUGGACCUGGUCGAGUCCUUCCUGUCUGACCAGGGCUUCGACCAGGCCCACCACGAGUUCAAGAAGCACCGCGCCGACAAGGGUUGGAAGGCCCAGGAUGGCAAGAAGAAGGCCAAGAAGGAGCACCACUCGCUCGUCAGUGUCUUCCAGACUUGGGAGACCUUCUCCAGCAAGGACGGCACCCCGAAGGCCGAUGCAUUGAAGGUCACCAAAGUGAGCAGCAGCAGUAGCAGCAGUGACAGCGACUCGAGCUCCGACAGCAGCGACGAUGACGAUAUCGACAUGGCUGAUGCCCCUGCUGCCGACGACUCUUCCUCUAGCUCGAGCUCGAGCUCAAGCUCCGACAGCGAUAGUGACAGCGACAGCGACAGCGACGAUGGCAAAGCCGUCAAGCCUGCCGCCGCCGCUCCUGCUGCCUCCAACCUCCGCAAGCGCAAGGCCGAGUCCGAUAGUGACAGUUCUUCCUCGUCGGACUCUGAUUCCGAAUCCAGCUCCAGCUCCAGCUCCAGCUCGGAGGACGAGAAGCCGAAGGCAAAGAAGAUCGCGAAGCCCAAGGCUAAGAAGGCCAAGACUGCCCCGGCUCCCUCUGAGAGCGACUCUUCGUCCUCGUCCUCAUCCGACUCGGAUUCUUCAGACUCCUCGGACGACGAAGCCCCCGCCAAGCCUGUGAAGAAGUCUGCAAAGGCUACCAAGGCCCCUGCUGCAGAUGACAGCUCGUCUUCUGAUUCGGAUUCCUCCUCUUCGUCGUCUGACUCUGAUUCUUCCUCCGACUCCGAGUCCGAGGAUGACAAGGCUGCUAAGGUUCCUCUGCCAGAGUCUGACUCAGACUCUAGCUCCUCCAGCAGCGAUUCGGAUUCUGACUCCGACGAUGAGAAGCCCAAUGCCAAAGCGAAGGACACCGCUCUGAACGGCGCCGGAUCCGACACUUCCGCUACUCUUGGCAAGACCUCCCCGGAAGUCUUCCCGGUUUCCACAUUUGCCCCUCUUCCACCGGACCCGAAACUCAACAACCGUGGCAAGAACGGUGGUGUCAAGAAACCCCAGAACGAACCCUUCUCGCGCAUUAAGAAGGAUGUCGUCAUCGACCCGAGACUGUCAUCGAACGCUUACGUUGAGCACGGAUACGGUCAGAAGGCCCACGAGGAUCUCAUUGUGACCAGAGGAAAGGGCUUCACCAAGGAGAAGAACAAGAAGAAGCGCGGCGCGUACAAGGGAGGCCCGCUCGACACCAAUGUCAGCCGAAGCAUCAAGGGGAACUCGUCGGGCAUGUCAUCGGCUGUGACUACUCCGCCCAACCCGAAGCCUGGCAGGUCGUUGACCAAGCCGUCGUCGAUCGGGGCAAAGUCGAUUCUCAAAUCCUCACCUGCAAGCGGUGGCAAGAACACGCCCGUCACGCCCACCGGCCGCAAGGCAUCAGGAGGACAGUGGCAGAAGAACAAACAUGUGCAUUUUAGCCAGUAG